AUGGGCUCCGCCGGCAAGCGCUCCCGCAUCCCACAGCUCCCACGGUGAGAGCUGUGAGAGCGGGAGGCCAGCGGCAAUAAAAGCCAGCGGGGUCCCCUCUGUGCCUCACCGGCCCCGGCAGAGCCCCAGCGAGCCGAGCAGAGCUCCGGGGUCCCACCGGAGAGAACUCUCCCAGCUGGCUUCCACUGAAGGCUGGAUUUUGCCGUUCCUCUGCCCCAUCUCCCACACGUGCAGGUGAAGGGAUUUGGCACCCACAGCGCUCUCAGGCACCCCAAAAGGCUCACCACCAUGGCUGCUGGCCUGGAGAAAGCCUGCCACCGGUGCAUAUCUAAAAUUGCCAGCAAUGCAUGCCUUAUAUUUGGGCUCCUCGCUUUCCUUGCCUUACCACUGUCCAUGACUUUUAUAGGAAUGAAGUUUUUGGAAGACUGCCCAGUUCAGCCACUGAUUCCCUUAUAUCUGUUGGUGGGUGGCGUGAUUGGCAGCUUAAAGGUGACUCUCCUGCUGUACGACUCAACCAGGAUGAGGCAGCUGCUUUCCAAGUCUGUUGUGAUUGAUGAUGAUGAUGACGAUGAGUAUCCCUGGAGGCAGAAUGCUCACAAGUACUACGUCCAUCUAACCCUCAGCCUUUUCCUCUUUCUCUGGUUCAUUCUUGGGAACUACUGGGUUUUUUCUGUGUAUCUACCAAAUUUCAUCCCACCUUUUCAUCAGCCUCAGGAUUACUGUGACAAAACCCUGUACAUUUUUGCUGUUGGUGUUCUCAUUAUUAGCCAUACUGUUCUUUUUCUCCUUAUCUUUUGUAGCUGCUGCAUAUACUGUUUUUCCAGGCAAAGAUUCUCUUCUGAGGAAGACUAAAUGCUACAUAAAUAAAUCUCCAGAUGUUUGGGAAAGAGUGUACAACAAAGAACAGGCAAUAAUUCACCCUUGUGUACAUCUUUGUUGUAUGGUAUAUAUGUGUGAUAGCAGUCAACUUCAAAGGGAAAUUAAAAAAUACAGUGCCAUCUGGAAAUAGCUGUGCUGGAAUACAGCAUAGUCUAUGCAAAAAUGCUGCUACAGGUGCCAGGGUGUACUCCUGCUAACUUUUACAUCCCAUUUUUUAAUCUCUGGGUGUUUUACCAGGAGUGAGCUCUUGCAGAUGGCAAACUGCUUUAAAACCAGGUCCCCCUUAUGUUGUAUAUAGCACCGUACAUCUUUGCCUAUAAAAGUAGCCAUGUUGUUCUCUUCACUGGAAUCUGAACAUCUCCCCAUAGUCUUGCUGAGGUUUGCUAUUGUCCCUGUAUUAUAGAGAGGGAGCUGAGACAAAGGGUUGUAUUCAGUCCCACGUUGGACUUUGGGAAUUCUGACAGUAACUGAGAUGCUCACUGCAGAGCUAUUCAGGCCACUGUCUGCAAUACAAGCAUGUAUAAAAUGCAGCCUGAAUAUGGCCCUCAGGUCUCUUCUGAACUUGGACUAGGAAGCAUCUCUAUCUAACCCUGGGGCUAAACCAGACAGUAUGAAUACAUCCAUAUAUAUCCAAUACAUCCAAAGUGAGACAAGGCUGCUUUCCAAGUCUUUGGCAGAACAAAGAACUGAGCUACUGAGUAUCAAAUUGGUGCUUCAACCAGGGCUCAGCAUUCCCCAGUCAGGGGAUACACUUUUUCUACAGUGGUAAUUUGUCAGUACAACACUAACACAAAGAUUACUGUCAAAUCAUUGUGAUCAAGUUAAUAGAAAAAGUGAUGAUGUUACCUUGGUAUUUUGAAUAUAAAUCAUAACAAUAAGACAUGGGUGGGGAUGUGAGCAUUUCAGGCAGAUGUGUUCUCUACAGCAGUUCUCUAGUUGUGGUGUGAAUGUAAAUUUGAUUUGUUCACCUUGGUGCUGUACAUACAGAAAUCUGUACUUAAUGGACAGAUGUAAUGCAAACAGCUUUUCAGUCAGCAGCAGCAGCUUUAAAAGCACCAGCAUGCAGAGAGAUAAUUUUUUUGUGACAUGUAAUGGCACAACCCCAGAAGUGGUCCUGGUAGGCUGUUUUUUCAUGUGUUGAUGAAUGCAGUGUAAAAGUGCUCUUUCUGCUUUUGCUCUUACGCACUUAUGUCAAUGUGGUCAAAAUGGAGGGGCUCCCCUCUAGAUGAGCUUGAGGGUGGCCCAAGACACAGGAAAAAGAUGUGUGUUUUGUGUAUUUUGUCUGUUAAAACCUGCACAGCUGAAACUUGUGUUUUAGAGAAACCCAAAAGGGUUAUAAAAUGCCUGUGAAAGGGUGAGAUAUGCAAAAGAGCUCAACAAUAUGCCACAGCUGAACAUGGUCUGCUCAACCAUCCUUCCUGGGACUGAGCCUGCAAGCAGCGUAACAUCUGUGGGAACCACCUGUUUUCAAACAAGAACAUUUAUCUCACCAGCUAUUGCAUAGAUAAGUAAGCCUGCCUUUGGCUUACAAGGAUUUUAAUUCAGACCUCAGAUUUAAGAAUUGUUUAUUUCCAGAGAACUAAUCUUAGAAAAAAGGUAGGAAAAAAGAUUAAAUAAUCUGAGGGCAGCAUCAGUGUAGCAUUCCCCUGCUCUGCAGCAUCCCUUCAGGACAGGUCACAGCCAGGCUGCCCCAUUCAGAAAUCCAUGGAAUAGGUAUUACUAAUACUGCUGGCUUAGGCCAUGCACAGUUUUAUGUAGGGAAAUGGGACCAAUGGAAGUAUUUCCUUUUAUUUGUGGGCCUCAGAUUGGAUCUGGGAAAAAUCAGUCUCUGUUUCCCAAAGAGCUGCUCCACCACACACUCUCCACUGCCCCUCACUUUUCUGAAACAUAACUGCUGCCAAUGGUGAAACCCUAGAAUUCCUCUUUCCCACCACACACACUACAAUGGCUCACCACUUGGGCUUCAGGACUUCAGGCUUCAGUUCUGAAUGGAUCUAUGGGAUUUUUACCUUCAGUGGAGAGCAUCUUUCAUUUGUUAAGAACUCAAAAUGUUUAAAAAAUUGCCUAUCAGAAGGUAUAACUCCAUCCAUCACUCAAAUGCAACAAUGCAGCUGUUUAUCAUCACACAUGAUCUUUACCCAGAAGCCUGAAACAUGCAUAAAACCAGAAAAUUAUACUCAGUUGAUAAUGCAAAAUAAAUUUAACAAGAAAGUAGCUCCACCCACAGGGCUCCAGUACAAACUUCCCUGUUCUUGCAAAAUACUGCUAGAAUCAUUCUCAAUCAUGAGGAUAAGGACUAAUACUCCUGACCUAAGUCUCAAUUGAUUACAGUGACCUCACAGCAAGUGAUGAUGUCCUCCUAUCAGAGCAAACAAGAGGAGAUGAUAGUUCAGCUCAGAGAAGAGAUGUAAGGUGACAUUGCCUUGUGUUUGCUGCGUGCUUUCGUGAGCAUGGUUACAGCAGCUCAGCAGAUAUGCAAUGAUUUGCCAAACUUCAGCCACACAACAGUAGACCUGAGGCCUAUGCCUCAUUCAUGGAGGCUAAAACUGACUGAUUCUCUGCAGUCUGACAUGGGGGAUUAAUUCUUCAGAUAUGGAACCCAGUGCAUCCACUGACAUCUUGGGAAAGUGCUGCUGACUCAGCAGCACUUUCUCAAGAUGUCAGUGGAUGUGUGCUAGUGUUCAAUAGGUGGCUGGUAUAAACACAAAAUUAUAGAGGUGGUAUUAAGGAGGCAAAAGACAUUGUGUAACUUCCAAAUAUUUCACAAAAGUAAACAAAACACUUUGCUACAACCAAGAGAGAAAAAUUCUGCACUAACAGUAUUUACCUUUACCUUGUAUACAUCAAUACGCUAUGGCACAUGCAAGUGAGAACAUCAACACCUUCAAAACAGUUGGAGCCAUCAAUUCCAUGCCCAAAGGGAUCUAAGGCUGCCUUCUGCACUUUCAGCAGACUGGAAUCUUGCAGGACUGGAGCAGGAUACUUGGUUUGGGCUUGUGAUUAGAUACACCUGAGUCACAGUGACUCUUCUGACCCACCAGCAGCUGCAUAGUUUUUCUCAAAUUGCUCCAGUAGCACUCAAAUCUAAAUGAAAGUAGUUUAAUUGAAGACACUUUUUCUCACUUAGGGGCAAGCUGUGAAAAUGUGCAUGGGCCACAGCACCUUAACUUGCAAGCAGCAACAUUUUGAACUACCACAAACUGAUGGUGUCCCAGACAAAUGCUCAGCCCCUACAGAAGUAGGUGUGGCUCCUCAGCAAACAGCUGUGGGGGAAUUAAGUCAUUACAGCCCCAAGGUCAAGCGGCUGAAAAUACAGUCUACACCUUAAAAUCUUUAAUUUGAAUUUUGCCACUAGACUAAAAUUACAAAUUGAAAAUGUUAAUUUUCUUCCCAAUUAUAUAAAUGUCUACUGAAAAACGGAACAGAAUACACCCUUAAGCUAAUUAUUAUGCACUCAGUGUUGACUACAAUGCAGGAAACCAGCUCUGUUUCAGUUAUAUUAGCUCUCCUUAAGAAGAAAAGGUCUAUUUCCAAUAUUUAAAGGAAAAACUAUAUAUUACUUCAACAGAUAGGAUAGCCAGCUCACUGCUAGUUGUGAGUACUACAGAAAUCUAAUUAUAUGAAGACCCAAAGACAAUUCUGUAUGCACACACUGACUCUAUACAUAUAGAUACAAGUGCACUGUCAGGAGCCAUGAAAUAAGUUACACUUAUUACAGUUUAUUGCCCACAGUAUAUUUGUCCUCCCACUACUCCACCUUCUUUAGCAAUAGGCGUAAGAUUCCAAAGCUCUAGAGAGUAGCUUUCCACAGCUAUUUUAGCAGCAGCAGACAGACAAGCAAUCCUUCACUCCAAAUGUUGAACACAGACAGCUCCUACCUGCUGGCCCAAAGAAGAG